AUAGCCCCCUGAAGUUUUAGUUCUAACCGCAAAUCUGGAGACGUCAUAAUAUAUAAAAAAAAAAUAUAUAUAUUUAAAAUAUAAUUAUUUUAGAAUAAGACAUUAAAACAUUGCUAGAUUAUGAAAUGGAUUAUUUGAUUGAAAAAAUAAUGAACCUUAACGUUAUAAGAAUAUUAUCGUUCCAUAGUUGGUAACAAAAGGGCGUUGACACGCAAUCAGAAAAGUGAACCUAGAGAUACACGUGAAGAUGCGUCUUUGACCAUCUUUUAUUGUACCUCAGUGGUUGCACUGUUAAAACAUUCGUUAGAUCAUUUGACUUAUUUUAUAUGAAUUCAUAACAAACAUGUCAAUUAAUUUAAAUAAAAACAAAGAUACGUUGGUGGCUGCUUGGCACGAUGUAGUCGAUGAUAAGUCGCCUAUUAAUUGGGCUGUAUUUGGAUAUGAAGGACAGACAAAUAAUUUGAAAGUUGUCGGUACAGGGAAUGGUGGAUUAGAAGAAAUGAUUGAUCGUUUAAGUAGUAGUCACAUUAUGUAUGCCUUUUGUCGUGUUAUUGAUACUAAAACAAGUCUACCUAAAUGUCUACUCAUUAAUUGGCAAGGAGAAGGUGCACCUAUUGUUAGAAAAGGAACAUGUGCAAAUCAUAUUAGAGAUGUAGAAAAAUUAUUAAAAGGUGCUCACAUUACAAUUACCGCUCGUUCCGAAGAUGAUGUUGAAGUUGAUGCUAUUAUGGAGAAAUUAGCUAGAGCUACCGCUUCUGCAUAUAAAUUUAAUGAACCACGUAGUGAAAAUGAUGCACAUAUGGGUCCAAUUGGCACAACGUAUAAACGAGUAAUACCGGAACAAGAAAUAAAUGCAACGGAGAGAGAUCAAUUUUGGCAAAGAGAAGAAAUAGAGGAAAAGAAAAGACUGGAACAUGAAAGAAUUCGAAAUGAACAAGAACGUCUUAGAUUGGAGAAAGAAAUUAGAAUGAGAGAAGAGAAGGAAAGUCAACUUAGAGAACAAAAGGUAUCUGCUAAGGAGAGUUCAAUAGCAAGACAAAAAUUAGCAGAACAACGUGCAGAGGAAGCUAAUAAUUUACGUAAUCGUAUAGCAGCUAGUCAACAAUAUAGUGAAGAUAAUGAUGAUGAUCAUAAAUCUAGAAGCGAAGAAUUAAGAAGACAAAGGAGCAAAGAAGCACAGCAAUUAAUAGCUCAAAGAACGAUUAAUGCUAGAGCUGUUUUUGAACAAAAUUCGGCAGCUGGUCAGAUGAAAUUUUCACAAGUUCAACAACAUUCUUCGCAAAAGACUGGUGGUCAUGUAGAAGCUGUUAAAAAGGCUAUAGAAGAAAGUCAGCAAAAGGAACACGUAGAUGUUAAAACUGAAGAAGCAACACCUGUUGAAGUAAAAAAGGUUAAUGAUAUGGAAGUAUUAGUGAAUUCUGGUACAGAAGCGGUAACAAAUACUGUCUCAGUCCAUGAUUCCAAAAUAUCUUCACACGAACAAGAGACUGAGCAACCUAUUACUAAUAAAGAAGAAAUGACAGAUAACGAAUUAUAUAAUCAGAUUGAUGGUUCUUAUUUAUAUUUUGAUCCCAAUAAUGAGGGUAUGAAAGCAAGAGCUUUGUACGAUUAUCAAGCUGCGGAUGAUACAGAAAUUACUUUUGAUCCUGGUGAUAUAAUCACUCACAUAGAUGCCAUAGAUGAAGGUUGGUGGCAAGGAUUGGGUCCUGAUGGAACAUACGGAUUAUUUCCAGCUAAUUAUGUAGAAGUUAUUGAUUACAAUGCAACAUGAUAAAAAAAAUAUAUUUUGGAUGAUGAAAAGAAAAAAAAAAAGCCACACAUCAGCAGAAAUAUUCGAAAGUUUUUUCUCUUCUUUAUGACGUGGAGAGAUAUUUGACAAGAAUUUUAAAUAUUAGCAAGUAUUUAAAGAUAUUGGAAGUUACAUUAAGAUUUACAGUGAUACAAUUUAGGUGAAAUGUUUGCAAUAUUAAUUGACUGUUUAGUAUUAAAUUAUGCAUUUUAUAGUUUUAGAAAAAAGAAAAAAAAA